AUGGCGUCACGGGAUCGUACCGCCGAGUUUCUACAGUACCGUAGCGUUCGGCCGAGGCACCCCGACGCGCAGCGACUACUUGAGGAGGAGGAGCAGCUGCAUAGUGUAUAUGUCACCCCGCUUUGGGUGGAGAAGAUGGAUGACAUCCGCGCCAUAGAGAAAAGGAUUCAGGAACAAAUGGAGAUCCUCGAGGGCCUGCGGCGAAAUCACCUCAAGAUUGAGUUCAGCUCAACCCGGGAUGAGGGCCAAGAGGAGGUGCGGAUUGAACGGGCACAGGACGUCAUUGAUAGUCUGUUUAAACAGUGUGAGAAGGUCGUGAAGGACCUGGAGACCGCCUACAUGCGUGAUCUCCCCGAUAGCGGCACGGACUUGGAGUUGAGUAUUCUUCGGAACGUAAAAAUGUGUCUUAUCAAUGAGCUUAACAAUAUCAGCAAGGUGUAUCGUGAGAGACAAAGGCGUUACAUGAUGGACGUGAAAAAGCAGCAGGCGGUGGCCCAACGUUGGGCGGGUGGUGAGCAUCAACGUGUCAUUGAACAACAGCUGGAAACGGACGCCGUGAUGGAUCAAUAUCUCCAGAAGGGCAUGACACAAGAACAGGUGGAGACCAUUCUGCUGAAUCACCACAUGGUAGAUGAGCGGGUAAAAGAAUUUGAUAGAAUAUAUGCGUCAAUCAAGUCCUUGCAUGAAAUGUUUAAGGACAUGAAUACACUUGUCAUUGAACAGGGCGCUGUGAUUGACCGCAUAGAUUACAACAUGACAAUCACACACGCACGUGUACAGAAGGCAAAGGCGGAGUUGCAACGAGCGGCCGAAUAUCAGCAAGCGGGGGGAUUCAAAAUUUGCGUCUUGUUUUUAGUUGUUCUCAUCAUUGGACUGUUGAUUGCUCUCUUUUUGAAGGCGGUGACGUGA